UGACAGGGAAGGGCAGGGUUUGCAGAGGGAGUCUUAGCCUGGGGCUGGCCACGGGUCUCGCUCAGUGAGUGACUUAGUCUUGGGACUGCUGAGAUCUCCCAAUCUGGGAUUCUGCUCUGCCCCUGUGGCCUGGGUCCCCCAUCGUGGUGCCGGAGCUUGCAGUCCUUGGAAGGAGUGUGGGCCGCAGUGGCCCUUGCAGGGUCUCUGUGGGGUUUUGCAGAUUGGCCUCUCAGUGCUGAGCUCCAGUUGGAUUUUCAAUUAGUGGUUGUCAUCCCUGCCCCCCUCCGGGUUAGCUGUUGGGGGUGUGGUAGGGCAGCAGCCCCCCCCCCCGUAAAGGAAGUGAUGGACUCUGGGACCCCUGCUUAAUGGGAUCUGUCCAGGGCGCCCCCCCAAGCUGGGAAACCUGCGGGAGUGGUCGGGCGGCCAGGCUUCCCAGCCCCCAGGCCAGCGGGAGGCGUGACUGGGCGGUCCCCCCUGGAGAAUCAGCUAGGAAACUGGACACCUCGGGCUGGGCGUGGCGCCCUCCUCCCGCAGGCAGGCCUUAUAAACCUCGGCCUCGCGUCUCCGCCGCAGCACCCCAUCUCCUACCCUGGUCAGCUGUGUGAGCACCUCAGCUCCAACCCCAGGGGCCUCAUGGCGGCCGAGCCACUGACUGAGCUGGAGGCGGCCAUCGAGACGGUGGUCACCACUUUCUUCACCUUUGCAGGGCGGGAAGGCCGCAAGGGCAGCCUCAGCGUCAACGAGUUUAAGGAACUAGCCACGCAGCAGUUGCCUCACCUGCUCAAGGAUGUGGGCUCCUUAGAUGAGAAGAUGAAGAGCUUGGAUGUGAAUCAGGACUCGGAGCUCAAGUUCAAUGAGUACUGGAGACUGAUUGGGGAGUUGGCCAAGGAAAUGAGGAAGGAGAAGGCGCAGGAGAUCCGGAAGAAGUAGAGCUGCUGGCCGGGAUGGCGGUGGGGAGAGUAGGCCUGGCAGGGCCAGGAGAACCCAUCACUCCCCAAAUAAACCUUCUCCCUCGAAGCA